AAUUCCUAAUCAUAUGUUAAGUAAACAUAUCUGUUUUUAACUUAUCAAUAUUUUAAAAUAAUUGUCAAAUAUAUAGAUUUAGAAUAAAAAUAAUUUACCUCGCCAAAAAAACUAAGCUUGCAAUUUCUUUCAACAAUAUUAAAUAUGAGUAAAGAAGAAUUGGCGGACAUUCUAAUCGAGGCGCUAGAAGUGUUUUUGAAUCAUAUACUAUAUGUGCGUGAUUUGUACCCGGCACAAAUUUUCAAAAAGAGACGCUUUUAUAAUGCACCUGUCUACGUUUCCAUAUUCCCACCACUUAAUGCAUACAUCCAUAAUGUGUUGCGAACUGCACGAGAACUACAACAACGAGGCGAAUUGCAAUGUGUCGUAUUGCAAUUCUACCAUGAUGAAAUACAUUUAAAUGAGUGCUACUCCAUCGACAUUCAGCAACUUGAGACCACAGCUGAUGGUGAAAUGAUGUGUGACGAUAAGUUGCUAAUUGAUUUUGAAGAACAACUACGCUGCUCACUUUAUAAAUUAGCCGAACGACUGAAGCCACUAGAUAAGUUGCCGAAAGUUGCUAAAUUCAAAAUAACACUGAAUACAACGCAAGAAGCUUUUAUACACCUUAGCCAUAAUUCAAAUUACCAGGACUUCCCUUGGCUGUGUGAUGGCAUAAAACCAGAAAGGAGUAAACGUGAUAUUGCGCUACUUCCUCUUACCCACUUAAAUAACAUAGGUUUAAAAGUAAAUUUGGAAAUAUUCUAAUUCGACAAAUACUAUAGAUAAUAUUUUUUAAGUUCAA